CGCGGGCCGCUCCGCCGCCAGCCACCCCCGCGGACCCCGGCGGCCCGCGCUCGGCCCGGGAGCGCGUGAGCCUCAGCCAGAGCCGGAGGCGGGAGCAGCGAGCAGGAGCCCCGGGCGCCCGAACGCAGGAUGCUCGCGGUCCCUGGUGUCUCCGAGCCACCACGUGUGAGGGCCGCUGCUCCCAGCUGAGGCCUGGCCCCGAGGAGGAUGUCUCAGCUGCCGGCCGGCGCCCGUCUGCACCAUGAGUGAUGAGCGGCGGCUGCCUGGCAGUGCGGUGGGCUGGCUGGCAUGCGGAGGCCUCUCCCUGCUGGCCAAUGCCUGGGGCAUCCUGAGUGUGGGUGCCAAACAGAAGAAGUGGAAGCCGCUGGAGUUUCUGCUGUGCACGCUCGCGGCCACCCACAUGCUCAACGUCGCGGUGCCCAUCACCACGUACGCUGUGGUGCAGUUGCGGCGGCAGCGCCCCGACUACGAGUGGAACGAGGGCCUCUGCAAGGUCUUUGUCUCCACCUUCUACACCCUCACCCUGGCCACCUGCUUCUCCGUCACCUCCCUCUCCUACCACCGCAUGUGGAUGGUCCGCUGGCCGGUCAACUACCGGCUGAGCAACGCCAAGAAACAGGCAGUGCAUACGGUCAUGGGCAUCUGGAUGGUGUCCUUCAUCCUGUCAGCCCUGCCUGCCGUCGGCUGGCACGACACGACUGAGCGCUUCUAUACCCACGGCUGCCGCUUCAUUGUGGCAGAGAUCGGCCUGGGCUUCGGCGUCUGUUUCCUGCUGUUGGUGGGCGGCAGUGUGGCCAUGGGUGUGGUCUGCACAGCCAUCGCCCUCUUCCAGACACUGGCUGUGCAGGUGGGGCCGCGGGCCGGCCGCCGCGCCUUCACCGUGCCCACCAUCGUGGUGGAGGACGCCCAGGGCAAGCGCCGCUCCUCCAUUGACGGCUCUGAGCCCGCCAAAACCUCGCUGCAGAUCACGGGCCUGGUGGCCACCAUCGUCAUCAUCUACGACUGCCUCAUGGGCUUCCCCGUGCUGGUGGGUGAGACUGUCAGCUGGCGGGAGCCUGUCAGGGGGACUUGGGCUCCGGGACAGCCCUGGGGUCAGGCACGCUCCAGGCGUCAGGUGGUUGAAUCCUCCCACCCAAUCCGUGGCAGGGGGCGGGGGGGGGGGGGGAGGCAUUAUCAUCAUCAUCAUCCCAUUUUGCAGAUUUGGAAACUGAGGUUCAGAGAG